GUUGUCCGACAGGAAGAGAACCAGCCUGUUGCACGCCGCUUGCGAGAUGGGGCACGGCCGAUUGGCCAGCACUCUGAUCGAGAAGUAUCACAUGUCCGUGGAGGUUCAGGAUCGCAAAGGCCUCACCCCGCUCGCGAGAGCUGCCCAACGCAAUCAGGUUGAGGUUUUCCGACUGUUGGUGGAAGACCACGGGGCUCGGCUGGACGCGGUAACAACCAAUGAGAGCGGCUUGCUUCACGUCGCCUGCGAGUCAGGAGCGCUGGAUGUUGCCAAGAUUUUGCUGGAGGAGCAUGGGUUUGAAGUGGACGCGCGAAACGCAAACGGCGACACGCCCGCCCUCCUCGCGGCCGCCUGCGGCAACGCGGACGUCCUGGCCCUCCUCGUGGAUACACACGGGGCAAGCCUGGAUGCUCGGGACGACCAGGGGGUCGGGGCCCUGCACGUGGCUUGCGAGAGACGCCAGUCAGGUGUGGCUUCAGUUUUGCUGGAGUCGUACGGGCUGCCCGCUGACAAGGCGAGUCCCAGCGGAGCAACUGCCCUCCACGUGGCCGCCCGUGGGGGAGACACCGACCUCGUCGAGCUCCUCACGGGGCCCUUCGGCAGAGCCGACAUCGGCUUGAGGGACGGCACGGGUAGCCAGGCGCUGCACAUCGCUGCGGGGUGCGGGCAUCUGGGCGUGGUCAAGGUUUUGGUGGAGAAGGCUGGUGCCGAUUUAGGAGCUCGAGAUAGCUCCGACAAGAGCGCGUUAGACGUGGCAGUAGCCAGGGUUAACACCGAGGUCGCGGACUACCUGAGAGAAGCCCUCCCUGAGGGGCACCGCGAACGACAUCGCUGCAAGAGGAGGAGGGGGUUCGAGAGAGCGGGCAGGUGGAUGCGCCUGGCCCGGGCCGGAGGGUUUCUGCAGAACUUGGCCCUCGAAAAUGUGUACCUGUUGCCGGUGUCCGUCCUGCUCGACGUGGGCCGCUUCCCGUCCCACUACGACGCCAGCCGGAAGAAGCAGCUCGUCGCCGCGAGCGACAUCUCCCCGCAGUCUCAAGUGCUGCUCGUGACCCACCCCUGGGAGUCUCCGGGCAACCCGGACCCAUCCGGGAAGCAAUUCUCAGCCCUUCGUCGCUUUCUCGACGAGAAGGCCACGGCAGGCUCCGCGGAUGGUGGGAAAGGCCGAGGGGGUAGCGCAGAAGGGGGGGACUCCGCGGACGAGGGGUUUGGGUACGUGUGGCUGUCCUUCUCGUGCACCAGCUCCAAUCGGAUGAGACCGGCGUUCCAGACCCACCUCGACAACGUUCUUACUGCUUGGUGCUUCUGCGACCACGCGCUCGUCCUCCCCGAAACCGUCACUCGCGCCGCCGAGGGUUUCGCCUACACAGACGUGGAAGGAUACGUCGAGAGGGGUUGGUGUUGCGUCGAGCUUCUCUGCGCGUUGCACCUCGAAGUUCCGACGACGAUACAUGUGGCUCUGAAAGACGCUUUGUCAGAGGCGGUCACCAACUGCCAGCUGUCAUCGCCACAGCGGAGAGGAGGAGAAGGAGGAGGAGGAGGAGCGGAGAUAGAGCCGGAUAAUCUCCCACCUUCCUCUGUCUUCGAGCUGAUCUCUGCUUCGGAGGAAGGCACGGCCUCCCAGGUCUCGGGAGAAAGCGUUGGGUCAUAUGAUGAACGCUCGCAGGGAAGUGGCCAUCAGUGCUCUGGUGCUGCCGCUGCGCGGCGGCCACAUUCCUCAGUGGGUAUGUGUAUGACCCGGGCAGUGCAGGCGGCGGCGAGGAGGCUAUCGUCGUGCCCCGCUGACGCUGCUGCUGCUUCUGCCGCUUGUUCUCCGAUGCCACCGCCGGCAGAGACACCGCCCAGCGGAGAGAGAGACAGCGCGGCUUUUGUCAGCGGCCUUGGCCCUGCGGUACAUAGCACCCCCGAUGGCGGGAUUUUUCCCGAGCACCGAGCGCAACCAACGGAAGAGUCUGCGCAUAUCGCCAACCUGAUCUGGUCGUCGGGGGCGGAGGCCCAUCUAGACAGCAUCACGCGACUGGUAGCCGACAUUCUCAAGAGCCUGGACGAAGAGGUUUCGACGGACAUGGAGGGACUAGCGACAGGGGGUGGGGGCAAUACCCGCGACGUACUAUCCGGCGAAGGGAUUCCUGAAGAUAGCAAGGCCGGACUUUUGCUUGCAAGGGUCCUGAACCUUGGCAUGGAGAAGCAAGACGUCGAAGAGGACGGAGGAAGGGAGGGGGGGGAGGCGAAGGCUUGCCCCCUCUUGCGGGAGUUGUACGAGAAACUGGGGAAUUUUUCGAGCUCGCAUGACAGGCUGGACGCGGUUAAGACGCUGCUCCUGGCCGGCUGCUACUGCGAGGGAGUUCGGGCAUCCUCUGAGCAUCGCUCGCGCGGACCGUCUCCCGCGCAUGCUAAGCUUGCGGAUGGAGGACGGGGCCUCCCGCCGGCUCCCUCAUCUCUUGGUGCCAAAGACAGGGAGAGGGAAUGCGAGAGGGACAACGAUAUGAGCGGGAGGGGGAGAGUAUCGGGCGGGGGCGAUAGUGACAGGAACGGGAGGGGUAGGGUAUCAGGAGGGGGGGACAAGGAGAGACUUCGGGGAGGGAAACCAAGUCCUUCCUCUCGUGGGGGUAGAGCGGAGGCGGCACCGCUUUUGGCCGCCUCUGUUCCCAGCUGCCACGUGUCGUGAUUCAAGCGCCUCAGAGGUUCCCUAGGUGGAGCAUACAGCAGUUGGUUUUCUUUCAUUUUUUUUUUUGUCCUGUUUGGUCUCCCAUCACAAUAGGAGGUCUUCCAUCGCUUCUCAAGCCUGCGUGUCUGGUGUCGUGUGUGCGUUUUUUAGCUAGAGUUGACUGUGCCAACCGGCUGGCCAAUAUGUUGUUGUCAGCUUAGGUGGUACGAAAAAUGCAAAUACCAUUGUAAGUCUAUAUGGUAGAGUCUCCCUACGUGUGUACUGUGUUGGGGUGUGUGUUUAAAUAGUGUUUGUAACACACCCCGUCAAAGUGCGAUGUUACUGUAGUGUGAAGUGGUCAUUUUUCUGAAUUUCUGUUCGUGUCAAAAUGACAAGUGCGGUUUGGUAUCUUACCUUAGUGCCGAUUGGCAACCGUGUCUAGAGUGUAAUUGUAGGCCCGGUUUUAGAAAAUGCCCCGACGAAAGCGGCGUGUGGGGCUGGCAAGUGGUGUGUUACAUAGCAUGUCUGGCAGGUUUUGCUGUGAUGCUUGUUGCUGUUGGUGCUGACCCGAGAGAAGCAGAAGCGUUAGUCUUGUCGUGGAAUGUGACUGACGCCGGGCAGCGUGGUGGAAGGCGAGGCAGCUUUCUGGAUGGAUGAACCCGAAGAUGCGCAAGAUAUGUAGCUGACACGGGUCGCUGUGGUGCGUGUAUGACCUACCGUGUGGGUACUUGUUUGCUUCUUUGCAUCGACCGCUCUAGGCGGCUGACCCAUCUAUGAAGGGACCUCCUACGCCUAUUCAUAAAUAAACUAU